AUUAAAUCCAGUAUAAAAUUUGUUGGAAUUAAAAUUAACCAAACAUAGCCUUGUUUGAAGGCAGCCCUUCUCCUCCAUUCGCGAUCUCGGGGAACAUUGAUAGCAAAGAGUGCUAAAAAUGAGUUACGAGAGACCUCCCCACGAACACUACCCUCCUCCAGGAUACGCGCCACCUUAUCCACCCCCAGGAUACCCUUCUUCAGCUCCGGCUCCGCCACCGCCGCCCUACGAAGGCUACCCACCACCACCUCCUCCUUCUGGAUAUCCGGGGUAUCCACCACCAGGGUCGCGACCACCGUAUGAAGGGUAUCAAGGUUAUUUCAAUGAAGGGUACCCACCUCCGCAGCCUCCCGGUCCACCGCCAUAUCAGCACUACCACUACGAGCAUCACCAUUAUCAAGACAAUUCCGAUGGCUGUACCUCGUUUUUGAGAGGAUGUUUGGCAGCACUUUGCUGCUGUUGUGUGUUGGAGGAAUGCUGCUUCUAAAAUUUAAACAGCCUUGACGAGUUGCUUAUGAUGUUUAUGGGAUAUGGUUAUUCUUAUUUUUCAUUCCCGUUGUCUGGUUGUCAAAGUUAAAUAUUUUCUUCUGCAAAAUUAAAUUCUAUAGUGUUUCUGAAUUCCCUUCUACUUGUACACAGUAUAAAUUUGCUACCAUGUUAUUGUUGGGCUUGUAAAUUUAAGACUAUGUUUGGUUUGCAAAGUAAAUGUUUAUUGGAAAAAGCUUGUUUCUAUUUA